AUGGCUCUGAAGCGGAAGGCCUCGUCGGAAGGGAUAGCAAUCCCAAAGCGACUUCAGAAACAGCAUCUCGAGGACAAUCUUGGUACGUCUAAUCGUCAGAUAACAGCCGAUAAAGCGAUAAAAUUGCUGACGCCCAUUCAAGACUUAGACUCAAUCGACGAAAUUGUACACUCUGAUGAUGGGGAUCCCGCAUACUCGGCUCGGGGUUCCCCUAGUGCAAUGAGCCAUGAAAUGCACGAGACUCCGGCGACCCCGAUGUCAACUACCUCUUCUCGAUACCCAUCAGAGCUCAAGACCAUUCGAUGCCCAUUCGAAGGCUGCGACAAAGCAUUUAAUCGACCCGCCCGGCUUCAGGAGCACAUUCGGUCGCAUAACAACGAACGGAUUUUCCAGUGUGAAUUCGAAGGUUGCGACAAAUCGUUCUUACGACCGUCCCAUCUCGCUCAUCACGUCAAGAGCGCCCACAGCGAUAUUCGAGAUUACCCUUGCGACCGACCGGGCUGUGGAAAGAGCUUUGUGAAUGGCUCACGGCUUCGCCGACACUUGGCUGCCCACGAUGGUAGGGACCAACAUCGCUGCACCGAAUAUCCACCUUGCAACGAAACAUUCCGAAAACACUCUACGCUUCAAAAACACAUUACAACGGUACACAAAAAUCUGAAGCCAUUCCCAUGUACCAAAUUACACCCAGUUACCGGCGAGAAGUGUGAAAUGGCCUUCGACACUGCCGGAAAUCUGCGCAACCACGAGAGUAGGGUCCACUCUGAGAAACGAUUCACCUGCAUGGAAUGCUCCGAAAGUCAGUCUGCGCAACAACCCGGGUUAGAACAGGAUUCCGAUCAGGAUUUCUCAUUUCCCACCUACGCCUCUCUCCAAGAACACAUUCGCACAGUUCAUCCGCCUACAUGCCCUCAAUGUCCCCUCGUCUGCUCCACAUCGCGAGAGCUGCGACGUCAUCUUGAAGUCGCCCAUGGAGAUAUCAGCCUUGAAGAUCGAAAGGUUUUCCCUUGCAAUUUCAACGGCUGUGGUCGUCACUUCACCCGACAAGGUAACCUGACUGUGCACAUUCGCACCGUACACGAAGGUGAAAAGAGAUUCGUCUGCGGUGAAGCAGACCUUUCCAAAUCCAAGAAAGUUGAAAACUGGGACGGCAUUGGCUGUGGCAACCGUUACGGCAGCAAGCUUGCGUUAGAGGAUCACAUCCGGACUCAUCAUAUGGGUCUCAAAAACGCAAAGGCAAUGCGCCGCGAACGACAGGGGCUGGCCCCCAGAUCGCAGUUACCACAGAAGUCUGUCACCACCUUGUCUGCCCUGACCGGUCAAGGUUACGUUGAAGACUCCGGUAGACAGAUCAAGUGCUUUGACGAAUCGUGCUCUCACCGAUUCCACCGUGACUAUGAUCUGUGGAUUCACAUGACUACCAAACAUGAAUGUUCAGAAGACAAUGUCGAGAACCUAUUCCUGCAGCGCGCCUUGUUGGCCGACAAUUCGGGCUCCGCAGGGAACUCUCUGGGCAUGUAUGGUCUCGAGUUCGACCAGGAUGGCCAGUAUAGCCAUCACUUCUACAAUGAAGGUGAUUCGUCGGAUGUUGCUUUUGGAUCCCAAUCCAAUGACUCCGUUCAUCUGCCUGCCCAGCCGGGCUUGAAUGCCGAUUAUUUGAUGCAAGAUAUCCCUACCGGGAGUGACACCGGCAACAUUGAUUCUAUGAUACCCAGCCACGACGAGAUGGCAUUGAUUGAUCCUGUUCUCGCCUACUCUAUGAGCAUGGAAGAGUGA